GGCCCCGGCUGCUCGUUCGCAGCCUCGGCGCGUUCGGGCGGCUGCACUCGGCGAUUCGCCAAGUGCAUUGUUCGCAGAUCGUUGUUUUCUGUGAGCGAGUGCUGAGAGUUCGCGGAGAUUUUGUCUCUGCGAGCAACUCCAGAACUCGCAAAGCAUUGGUCUUUGCGAGGGACUCCUAAAUUCGCAGAACAUUGGCUUCUGUGAGGGAGUCCUGAACUCGCAGAACAUUGGUUUCUGCCAGGGAGUCCUGAAUUUCGUUUGAAGUUUUGUUGAGGCCUUGUCGCUCAUCUGCAACAUCCUCCCUUCAGAAUGGCGUCUGGAUUCUCGGGAAGGAUACCAACACCUCGUCUUUUGCUCAGGGACAGACUGAAGCCUAACACUCUGACUCCCUCUGCCUUCCAGCAGGAGGUAUCUCUCAGCACCAAGCAGAGGCUGGCCAAAGCUAAGAAGCUGAGUCUGCCUCAGAUUGUCCAGCCUCAAGACAAGCAUGAGAGCUCUCAUCACAAGUUCUUGGCAGCUGAGCCAGAGCAGAGCUCAUUUCAGCCUUGCCCACCAGAGGUGGUGUUUCAGAACUACACCCCUGGUGAGGUCUAUGAAGUGCCGGUGGUUCUGAGGAACAGGGACAAGGUUCCUCACUUGGUGAAGGUCACGUUGGAGAGCUCACCUUAUUUCCAGCUGGUGGGCCCCAAUGACGUGUGCUGCAAGGUGCCACCGGGCCUCUACGCAAUUGUCCGCGUCCUCUUCACCCCUGGGCAGAACAAAGAUUAUUUCCACAAGCUCCUCUGCACCACUGAAAGGGAAGAGUUCAUUGUGCCAAUUCGGGCCAUUGGUCCCCGAGCCAUCCUGGACUUCCCUGACCAGCUGGACUUCUCCACGUGUCCGGUCAAGUACAGCAGUGAGAAGACUCUGCUGGUUCGCAAUGUCGGUAACCGGCUAGCUCGUUACCAGCUGAGCACCCAGAGCCCUUUCUCUGUCAUUCCGGCCACGGGAACUCUGGAUGUCGGUGGUGCCAUGCAGGUGACAGUGGAAUUUCAGCCACUGAAGACUGGGGACCAUUCCGGGUCCCUUGUCGUGCACUACGACACAGGUGAAGAGACCCACACAAGCCUUCAUGGAAGAGCUGUGGAUGUCCCCAUCAGGCUGGGCAGGAAUACUGUGAGCCUCAAGAAGACGUACAUCGGCAUGUCAAACCGCGCAACCGUGUGCAUCCACAACCAGAGUGAUAUCACAGCCCGCUUCCAGUGGAAGGCUGUUGAUACUGAGGAAGAGGAGCAUCAUCUGGAGCUGAGGCAGUAUCCCAGGAUAUUUCGGCAGCAAAAGGAGAAGUUGUAUGAUUUUCUGAAGGAGCGCGGAGUGGACAUCACUUGCCAAGAACACCUUGCUCUUCUGACCCGCAGCUUCCAAAGUGAGGUGGCAAAGAUCAGAGAAGAUGGCAUCCUGUGCCAUGAUGACGUUUUCUCCCUUGAGCCGAAGGAGGGUGAGAUCAGGCCGAAUUGCUCGGCUGAAGUCAGCGUGUUCUUCGAGCCCCAGGAAGCCCGGGUCUAUAAGCAAGCAGUUUACUGUGACAUCUCAGGCCGUGAGAAGAGGAUGCCCCUGCUCCUCACAGGGGAAGGCCUCGGGCCCCGGCUCCAUUUCCAGUUUGAGGAACUGAACAUCGGGGAGGUUUUUGUCAGAGUAACCCACAGAUAUGAGGCGGUCCUGUUCAACAAUGGGCCUAUUGAGGCUCCCUUCAAACUCAUCCCUCCAAGCACAGCCAUGGGCUCCUGCUUCACCUUCCAGCCCCAGGAGGGCAUCGUGGCACCCUCCACACUCCAGGCCAUCAGUGUCUCCUUCUGUCCCACCAUCCUGGGGCAGUUUGAGGAAGAAUUCUGCUUUGAUGUGUCUGAAUCCCCUGAGCCUGUGACCUUCACUAUCAGGGGCUACGUGAUGGGCCCGACUUUCCAUUUCGAUGUGUCCGCCCUCGACUUCGGUGACGUCUCCUUUGGUUUUCCUCGCACCUUGAACUGUUGCCUGUUUAACACCUCCCUGACACCCAUAUCUUUUCAUCUCUACAUUCCUGGGGAUGGCUUGGGAGAGCCCAGUGUUUACAGCUCUACUCAGAUACGCAAAUGCAGUAGCCAGUCUUGGAGGAAGGAAGCUCAAGGUCUUAGGAGGCCAAGGGAAUUUGACAUAAGGCCCUGCAGAGGGACCGUCCGUGCCCUGGGAUCCCAGGAUAUCAAGGUCACCCUGUGUUCCAACACUGUUGGAAAGUACAAGCUGCAGCUGGUGCUGGACGUGGAUGAUGUCGGCGAGAAGGUGUUGGCACUGCCCCUCACAGCCAGAUGCGUCGUUCCUUCACUGCGAGUGCUCAACCCUGUGGUGAAGUUGGGGUACUGCUUUUUAAAGACCUGCUAUGAUGAGAAGCUGACCCUUGUGAAUGACAGCGACUUUCCUGGCUGCUACUGUCUUCUCCCUCAGGAGGAGGCUGCUGCACGGUGCUCCAGCCGUGCACCGACUGGGAUUAUCGAGGCUCACAGCUCGGUGGAGAUCCCAAUUGCAUUCGAGGCCCGGUCGCUGGGAGAGUGCAGCAUCACUGCUGAGCUGGCUGUGUUUGGGAGAGCAGGAUCCCCACUGAAAAUCCAAUUAGAGUGCAUUGGCCAGGGACCUGUUGUCUAUGUCCAUCCGAGGGAGAUAAACUUCGGCUCUAUCCCAGUCUUAGAAGAUUGUUUCCAAACUUUGCACCUUGCCAAUCAGUGUCACCUUCCUGCAACCUUCCGGGUGGAGAUGGCUGGGAAAGACUCCUGCUGGAGGAUUGAGCCCAGUCAUGGAGUGGUCCCCCCUAAAUGUGACACAUCCGUGACUGUCGUAGCAAACCUGAACGACACAGUGAAAUUCCGGGAGAAGGUGAAGGUGUUCAUUGAGAACAGCUAUACGACCAUCAUCUCUCUCCAGGCUGUGGGCACUGGCACCACAAUUGUCACGGACAAACCUCUCAUUCCGAAGCUCGACUUGAAGUCCCACUUCAGCUUUACUCCCUGCUAUUUCCAUUUCAAAGUGACAAACAGAGGACGACGCAUGCAUCGGCUGUACUGGAACACAGAAGGUUUCCGCACGCGCUGGCGCCGUGAUCGCGCCCCUGCCCUCGGUGGCACCAAAAGCAAAGGUGCUUCCCCGAUGCCCAGACCUGGCAGCCCCGUGUUCAGGCUGUGGCCGCCGCAGGUGGACCUGAUGCCGGGCCAGAGUGCGGACAUGGUGCUGGAAGGCCGCUCCAGCACUGCCCAGGAGGUGAAGGAGCGGCUGCUGUGUCACGCUUUGGUGGGGAAAGAGAGAACAAAGAAACAGAUAAUGCAAGUGGAUGUCACCUGCAACUUCAUUUGCCCUGUUCUGCAAAUGUCUUCCAGAGCAAUCACUUUCUGUGUGGUAAAGGAGCCCAGUGAUGUCCUGACACAGCACUACAAGCCUUUUUCUUUAAAAAACACCAGCCCCCUGCCAGUCAGCAUUGUGCUGGACUUGGAGCAGCCAUUCCUGAUCUGCAAUGUGGACUGGCAGCCUCUCCCUGCAGAUUCCAAGCCCAUAACACUGGAUGUAGGGGAGGAACUUCAUCUCUGCAUCCAGUUUAACCCAGCUUAUGAGAAGAAUCUGCACAGCCGGGUGGCCAAGAGGGUUCUCAGGGUGCGCUUCAUGGAGCAUCCUCGUGAGGAGAAGAUCACCGUUCGGGGAGAAGUCCACUUCCCCAAUCUCCAUCUCCAGGCCAAGGCCGUGGACUUUGGCUGCAUCAUAAACGACACUGAACAAGUGCUGCAUAUGGAGAUGACCAACUGCAGCCCACUGCCCGUGGAAUACCACUGGUCAUUCCUGGCGGACAGCCUGGCGAACACCAUAACGUUCAUCCCUCCACCACCUAAAUUCAAACCCCAGUCAUCAAAGAAGAAGGGAGUGUUUCCACGGAGAUACUCCAAGACUGAAAGUGUGGAUGAGCCAACUGAAACCCCAGAAACAAUGCAGGGUUCUGCCCCGGAAGAUCCUGCCCAGGAGGAUUCUGCCCAGGAGGAUUCUGCCCAGGAAGAUUCUUAUGAGGAGGAUCCUGCCCACAAAGAUCCUGCCCAUGAAGAUCCUGCCCACGAGGAUUCUGCUCAACAGGACUCUGACCAGGAAGAUUCUGCUCAGGAGGACUCUGACCAGGAGCCAGCAGAUGCAGAGGAUUCCUUGGAAAAAGAGGUGCUGUCAUCCACUCCUGGGGAGUCUCGGAGCCCGGUGAGGAUGAGGGGAUUGAGUCAAUUCUCCGAGACGGAGCACCCCAACGUGACAAUGCCUCAGGUUUUUGAUAUCAUGCCGCUGUGGGGAACGCUGCAGCCAGGAGAGAGCCAGAAGGUCACCUUCACCUUCUUUGGCCACGCCAACAUCAUCGCCCGUGCCACGGCGCUGUGCCGCGUGGAGGGAGGCCCCAGCUACGAGGUGGUGCUGAGCGGGCAGGCCUCGUGCCCCAGCUACCGGCUGGACGUGGAGGAGAUUGACUGGGGGCUGCAGGUGUUUAACAAAGUCCUCAAAGCAGGGAUCACCCUGCGGAACAACGGGGUUAUGAAAUUCACCUACGUGGUGCAAGACUCCAGCACAAAGCCUCUGCCCGGGGUGCCCGUGGUCGUGCCCCGCAAGGGCUCCAUUGCACCUGGCAAGAAGCGAGUGCUGAAAGUCUCUUAUCUGCCAGAAAAGCCAGGAGCGUUCCGCAGGACUUUCCAGGUCCAAGUGGCUCAUCUGGAACCGGCAGAAAUCGUCCUGAAAGGAAAGACGAUCUUCCCUGGGGUUACCAAGUGCCUGCCCAGGAUGCUGAAAGAGGAGAAGAUACUGGAAGAGGAAGAAGAAAACCCAGAGAAGGAAGAAAAGGAAAGUGAUGAAUCAUCUGUUGCCAUGGAGUCACUGGUGGAGUCACUGAUGGAGUCACUGAUUGUCACAGCUGAACGACAGUGAUACUGCCAACCUUGAGAUUUCAGCUGAGGAUAAAGAAACUGAAUCAUCUAAAUAUUCUUCAGAAGACAAACCUUGAGAAGUUCAUGGAAAACUGGGAAGCUCUUUGAAGAACCUACUGAGCCAUAAGAACCUCGAGGAUUGGCAUUGGCCCACCUCAUUUACCAAUAAAGCAGGGAAAAUUAUGUCUUCUGGGAAGAAAUCUGUGAAUGCUGAACUCUGCCCAGGCAUGGUGCAAAUUUCAUGAGAUCCUGCGCAGCCUUCCUCUUCUCCCAGAUGAAGCUUUUCAGGACAGAGAACUGGAUUCCUUCCACCUCUGUGAAGCACCUGGAGCUAUUAUAGCCAGCCUUAACCUCUACUUGAAGUCCCACCAUGUCCCUUCCACUGGAAUUGGAUAGCUAAUACUCUGAACCACAUCAUGAAGCCAGUGACACCCUUAUGAUGACCAUGGAUGACAGUCUGAUAGCAAACACGUUACCUUGGUGGGACUUCGGCCCAGAUAACACUGGGGAUUAUAGUGGCAGACUCUGAAGUCUCGUGGUCAGGUGUGAGAUGUAUGACACUGAUUAUGUGCAUCAUUAUGACUAAACUUAAUGCUGAUACAGAAUCUCAAUAUUGUCAAAGCAGUAUAAAAUAUAAGCAGGUCUACAGAGCUAUAAUAUGAGCAGCUUUGGCUAGAAACAGAAUCACAGAAUCACAGAAUCUCUAGGUUGGAAGAGAACUUCAAGAUCAUAGAGUCCAACCCAUCCUAUCUUAUACCUCAACUAGGUCAUGGCACUAAGUGCUACAUCUAGUCUCCUUUUAAACACAUCCAGGGAUGGUGACUCUACCACCUCCCUGGGCAGAUGAUUCCAGUGUUUGACCACUCUUUCUGUGAAAAACUUCCUCCUUAGGUCUAACCUGUAUCUCCCUUGGCGCAGCUUGAGACUGUGUCCUCUUGUUCUAUCUGUUGUUGCUCGGAGAAAGAGACUGACCCCCAGCUCACCACAGCCACCCUUCAGGAAGUUGUAGAGAGUGAUAAGGUCACCUCUGAGUCUUCUCUUCUCCAGGCUAAACAAACCCAGCUCUCUUAGUCGUUCCUCAUAUGGCUUGUGUUCCAAGCCCCUCACCAGCCUCGUUGCUCUCCUUUGGACACGCUCAAGCAUCUCAGCGUCCCUCCUAAACUGAGGGGCCCAGAACUGGACACAGUACUCCAGGUGUGGCCUCACCAGUGCCGAGUACAGGGGAAGAAUGACCUCCCUGCUCCUGCUGGACACACUAUUCCUGAUACUGGCCAGGAUGCCAUUGGCCUUCUUGGCCACCUGAGCACACUGGUGGCUCAUGUUCAGCCGACUGUCAACCAGCACCCCCAGGUCCCUUUCCACCUGAGCACUGUCCAGCCACACCAUCCCCAGCCUAUAACGCUGCAGGGGGUUAUUGUGGCCAAAGUGCAGGACUCGGCACUUGGACUUGUUGAACUUCAUCCCAUUGGAUUCUGCCCAUCCAUCCAACCGUUCCAAGUCCCUCUGCAAAGCCCUCCGUUCCUCUACCAGAUCCACACAUGCUCCCAGCUUAGUGUCAUCUGCAAAUUUACUAAUGAAAGACUCUAAACCCUCAUCCAUAUCAUCAAUAAAAAUAUUAAACAGAACUGGCCCCAGCACAGACCCCUGAGGGACGCCUCCAGCUGGAUGCAGCACCAUUCACGACCACUCUCUGGGCUCGGCCAUGCAGCCAGUUCCUAACCCAGCACAGAAUGUUCCUGUCCAAGCCACAGGCUGCCAGCUUAUCUAGGAGUAUGCUGUGGGAGACAGUGUCAAAGGCCUUGCUGUAAUCCAAAUAAACAACAUCUACAGCCUUCCCUGCAUCCACUAGGCGGGUUACCUGGUCAUAAAAGGUGACCAGCUUGGUUAAACAUGACCUACCCUUCCUAAACCCAUGCUGACUGGGUCUGAUACCCUGGCCAUCCUGUAAAUUCUUCAUGAUGGCACUUAAUAUAAACUGUUCCAUUAUUUUGCCAGGUACUGAGGUCAGACUGACUGGUCUAUAAUUACCAGGAUCCUCCUUUGCACCCUUUUUGUGAAUGGGUGUCACAUUGGCCAGCUUCCAGUCUUCCGGAACCUCACCAGUGAGCCAGGACUGUUGGUCCUGGAGAUGAGCUUUGUAAGCUCAUCUGCCAGCUCUCUCAUUACCCUGGGGUGGAUCCCGUCAGGUCCCAUAGAUUUAUGAAUAUCCUGCAGGUUUACAGUCUUUGGAAUUGCAGAACUCACAGGGACAAAGCACCUAUGGAGCUACUUCAGGAUUUUCUCUCUGGACAUGACUGGAUCUUAGCUGGAUCUGCAGUCAGAGGCACCAGGAAGCUGCUGGGACAUGCAAGGAGCUCAAGUGACACAGUGGAAGGGUGGCACGAGCCUUUCAGCACUUGCUCCUUGCCAGGUGCAAGGGAACCCUGCAAGGCUUGGCUCGAUGCCCUUCCUCUCUCUUCUGCACACUUUCCAUCAGUAAUGGGAUUUCAUACUCCAGAAGAGCUGCCUCUGUGAGGUGCACUCCCAAAGGCAGAGGGAGUAUUCUACAGUGAAAAUCACUGCUCUAAAUUGUGCCACUUUGCUUCUGAGUUUAACAAGAGGAGCAUCCUCACAAGCACCCAUUUUUGCAGCUCUCUGACUCCCAACUAACUGCACACGUGCCAGCUGUGCCAAGGAAUGGGGAUUUCUAGCUGUGAUCACAUACUUGCCAGAUUGUGCUAUCAUGGUAAUUGAUUUUGAGAGGAAUAGCAGAUUUGUCUUCACAAAGAAGCUGUGGCUCUGCUGGUAGAUAAAACUAGCACGGGGAGAUAAAAGAAACAAUGGGAAGGAUUCCACUGAUUGAUGAAUGGAAAAGGUAUUUGCUUUUACAAAUAAACUUUAGGUUUGCUGAUAAAUGAAGACUGGACAAUGAAAGAUGAAAGAAACAAUAGGGAAGAAAAGCCCCUCAAUUCCAUAAGAUUUAAAAAUGAAAAGGGAGGGUUAUACCUUAGAGGGAAAUCUUUUGUAUCAGGUGUAUUGGGAAGUCUGUACCUCUCAAGUACCUCAGCCAAUGGGGAAAGAGAGAAGGGAAAUGCGACUGGGAAAUUGGGAUAAAAAGGGAGGCUGCGUCCUCCAAAACUUUGAGAGAUCCCAGGGGAAUGCCCCAUGGCCUCUCCCUUUCUUCAAAUAAAAUAAAAGGACUCCUCUGUGUCCUUUUUGGACAUAAA